AUGGGUUUAGGGAGUUAUUUCAAGGCGAGGAAGCCUGAGGAGGAGAUCGAAUCACCACCCUCUGCUAUCAUUGAGAAGCAAGUCCCUACCAUAAACUCACAGACGGGUUUUGAUACCAUGGAUCUUCAGCCACCUAUCACUCGGUUUGCUUCUUCGUCAUCAUCAAGAAAUUCCAUCUCAAAUCGCUCACACGCCAGCUCAAACUUUAUGGAAGAUAUAAAACACGAGGUUAUGGUCAACUACCUCUACCAACAACAAUGUUCACAUCUCUGGGUCAGUGAUGGAAGCGGCGAAAUUGAAGGUGUUCUGUUGAGGAAAUCAAGAAACACAUACAUGGCUUGCCCGCCACAAUUGGGCAGUUCUCCUUUUGCUGCAGCCUGUGCAGCUCUAAAUGUUCAGUGCGCAAUGACUGUAAAUUCUCGAGUUAUCAAGACUUUUCUCCAAUGCUCACCAAAUGCUGUCGAUGUCCCCCUUCUCAACGGUCUCCGGAUACAGAUCCUACCAACAAUUGAAGACUUACCUCGUGCGAGGAAACUCCAAUUCGCUGCAUUUGUAGCAUCUGAAGCUUUGCUAGUCGUAUGGGACGACGAAGCAUUGCAUCUCGUCCAACGAGCUCAGGCUAUUGAGUCAGAAUUGAUGGAAUUGGUGUGGAAAACUGAUCAAGAAGUAGACGAUGAAAAGAAGGGUCCAGGUGUUGCCACUUGGGAAAUUGAUGAAGAGAGCGGUCAACCCGUUCCAGAAACGCGUGGAUUACACUUGCAAAACACAGUUCUGGUUGCUCUUACGAUCAUCCUGAUCAUCACAACUCUGGGCGCUGGCAUUCGGCAAGUGGCUAUUGAGACUGAUGUCGACCAUAACUAUACCCGUUUUACACUUUUGAUCUUAACUCCUGUUCAGGUUUUCUUCACACUCUUCUUUGCUCAGGUAAUAAUUGGUUGUCUGGCUCAGCUCUUCGGACCUGUGCAGCAAAUGAGUAUCAACUCCAAAUUUUACUCCGCUAAUCCACCACCCCGUAUUCUUGAUGGAAAUCUCCCACACGUCACCAUCCAAUGCCCUGUUUACAAAGAGGGACUUCAUUCCGUUAUUGCGCCCACAGUGAAAUCUAUCAAGCAAGCCAUUUCUACAUAUGAAUUGCAGGGUGGCUCAGCCAAUAUGUUCAUCAACGAUGAUGGUCUUCAAAUCAUUGACGCUCAUGAGCGCCAAGCUAGAAUCGAAUUCUAUGCUGAUCAUAGCAUUGGAUGGGUUGCUCGACCGAAGCAUGGAGACAAUUUUAUCAGGAAGGGGAAAUUCAAAAAAGCUUCUAAUAUGAACUUUGGACUUCAUAUCUCUUGCAUGGUCGAGGAAAAGUUGGCUUUGAUUCAAAGACCUCUUGAUUGGACUCAGGCAGAUGAAGCACAAGCAUAUGGAAGAUGCCUCACAGAAGCCUUGGAAGACAAUGGUCGUGCAUGGGCCGAUGGGAAUAUUCGCAUUGGCGAUUAUAUCUUGUUGAUUGAUUCGGAUACUCGUGUCCCCGAGGAUUGUUUACUAGAUGCUUGUUCCGAGAUGGAACAAUCACCUGAGGUUGGUAUCAUGCAAUUCUCAUCCGGUGUUAUGCAGGUCGUCAAUACCUACUUCGAAAAUGGCAUCACAUUCUUCACGAAUCUGAUAUAUACUGCUAUCCGAUAUACCGUUUCCAAUGGGGACGUUGCCCCAUUUGUCGGUCAUAAUGCUAUUUUGCGAUGGUCAGCGAUUCAGCAGGUUUCGUAUGAGGACGAGGAUGGUUACGAAAAGUUCUGGUCGGAAUCUCACGUUUCUGAAGAUUUUGAUAUGUCUCUUCGCCUUCAAGUCAAUGGAUACAUUAUUCGCUUGGCUGCAUGGGCUGGUGAGGGAUUCAAGGAGGGCGUAUCAUUGACUGUGUAUGAUGAACUUGCCAGAUGGGAGAAAUAUGCAUAUGGCUGCAACGAGCUACUCUUUCACCCAAUCCGUAUGUGGUUCUACAAAGGCCCAUUUACCCCUCUCUUCCGAAGCUUCUUGUUUUCCAACAUUCGUUUUACCUCCAAGGUCACAAUUAUCUCAUACAUUGGAACAUACUACGCCAUUGGAGCCGCCUGGAUCUUGACUACUGCCAAUUAUUUUGCUAUCGGAUGGUUCAAUGGAUACCUCGACAAAUACUAUGUCGACUCUUGGAAAGUCUGGUUUUCCAUCGUCAUCGUGUUUAACGGCCUCGGGAACAUUGCCUUGGCAGUCAUGCGAUAUAGAAUUGGCGAACGUAGCCUCGGGUAUGCACUCUUCGAGAACUUCAAGUGGACUUUGAUGUUAGCAAUCUUCCUUGGUGGACUUUCGCUUCAUGUUUCACAAGCACUCCUUGCGCACAUGCUCGAAAUAGACAUGACCUGGGGUUCGACAUCCAAGGAGGCUGAGUUCAGUAACUUUUUCAUCGAAGUACCAAAAGUCUUGAAGAGUUUCAAAUUCUCCAUGAUCUUUUCUGUCGUGGGUAUAGUAGGCAUGAUCAUUCUGGCCACUGCUUCAUUCAUCCCAUAUGAUUGGCGAAUCCAGGAUUUUGUUGCUAUUCUUCCCAUGGCCACAGUCACUGCUAGCCAUUUGCUUUUGCCGCUGGCUUUAAACCCGGCUCUUAUGACAUUCUCUUGGUAA